GAACACAACAAGCGCAUGUCUAUGAUGGCCACUAUGGACGAGAUGCCCUUUGGACCGGAAGUCAUGCAAGUCAAACACAGCCACAGGGAGCCUAUCCUGAAAAUCAACUUUAUGCCAACCGUCGACCCCAUCAGCAAAUUUGUCGACUGGAGCUUCGGUAAAUACAUGGUGCUGAGUCGCGAGGGCCUGAUGUCCGUGUGGUCCACCCGGAUGAAGUUGCUCAACUACAACAACCUGGUGCCCAAGAGCCAGCUGGACACGUGCUGGUACAUCGACAUGGUCUGCAUGUACCACAACGGCUUCAUCUGCAUCGCCACCACCGGCCGGGACCUCAUCUUCUACGACUACACCCGGGCCGGCUGGUCCAGAAAAUACUGGCUAAGGAAACUGCCCCACUGUGUCACGUGUCUGGGCUACUGGGCGGGGCUUGCCACGGAGCAGAUUGCCGUCAUCUUGUGGGGUGACACGUCAGGUUCUGUCAGGAUGAUCGAGUUCGAGUUGUCUCAGCGUCUGCCCAUGUUUGGGAUACCUGUACGUGAAGGCUGUUCCGAUAUAACGUACCCUGAGCUAGCCAGAGGCGCAUAUGACGGUGUGACCUUUCGAUCCUUCAAUCAGAUCCACAAAGACUGGGUUAAAGAGGUAAAGUACAUACCCCAAGCUACCUCUUUCGUCUCAUGCUGUAAGGAUGACGCCACGGCUUUGUAUAUGAGCCAUGUCGAACCUUCCAAGAAAAAGCCAAGUUACUUUCACGUCUUAAGAGGAUUCUUGUGUUUUGAUUUUAGCUAUGAGCUGAACGUGCUGGCUGCGGCUGGCAUCGACUGCAACGUUUGGCUCUACAACCCAUACAUGCCGCAGAAGGUCGUCGCCAUGAUGGAAGGUCACAUCCGUCCAGUUUCCCACAUCAAGAUUAACGAGAUUGAGAACUACUGCAUCAGUGUGGACUUGUCCAGAUCCGUCAUGAUAUUCAAUUUAUCUUCCCAAGCUGUCGUUAUGCGUGUACCUGGGCAAGCAGUGAGGAUGGGGAACCACUUCAUCUACUCCAUCUACCUCAACAGCCACAGGAAAAUGUGCCUCAUGGGAUCUUACGGGUUGUGUGUACUGAAGAGGUGUACCCUGGAGGGGUUGAGCGUGGAGGUCAGGUCACAUGACCACAAGCUGGUUGGAGCCUUGUACUCGCCAGUCUUUGAGCAAGUGGUCAGCGUGUGCCGGGGGUCAAUGGUGCGUGUCUGGGACAUAAUCACCGGCACCCGUGUCAUGCAGUUCGGAAUGGCCCACAGCAAGAAAGCACAGGGUCGUGUCGUACCUGUGGAAAUCGAGUGUAUCGCCCUGACAGAGAACAAGAAGCGCCUGUGUACAGCGGCUGAGGGUGUCAUCAAAAUCUGGAACUUUUGUGUCGGCGUCGUUCUCAGGGUUCUGGACAUGAGCAACUGUCAGAAGAUCACGAGCAUCGCCAUGGCCAAGAACCAGAUCUACGUCACCGGCUGGAGUAAGAUCAUCAACAUCUUCAGUGACUUCAAGGGGGAGGAGGCCAUUAAAAAGUCCUGGCAACAGAAACACAACGACGACUGCCUGUCCUUGUGUAUCCUCGAACCCAACCUCAUCGCAUCAUCAGCCUACGACGGCAGCAUCAUAGUCUGGUCAAGGGAGACGACUGAGUCCUACUGCAAAUUUCACGCAUCGUUUGGCAGCUUACCUGAGCUGGACACGGCUGUGAGAGGGGGUGGCAACAAGAACAAUAUUAUGUCAGUGGCCGCUGAGAUGGACUCAGCCGACCAGGACGACGGGGACGAGGAGCAGGGGGAGGACGCCUUCAUGACGAUAGGCCGGCACUUGAGGAAGGAGGGAGGGUGGUACCGGCUGCUGAGGGCCCUGAAAAAACGACAGAUUGAGAGAGAGAGGCGACGAGCCGCCUUAGAACGAAAAGACUUCAGCGCCAAGUACAAGAAGAAGAAGAAACGCAUGAACAUGCAGGGCCUGAGUCUUGUCUACGAGUCGGCCGUGGAGUGUAUGGUUUUCCUGGAGUCACGGCGCCCAAUCGACCCCCAGACCGCCACCUUAGUCGCUGGUGGUGCCGAGUGCUGGUUGCGGUUCUGGUCCCUCCACCCCAAAGGGGGUCUGCUCGGUCAGUUCACCAGCACCAGACGGAAGCUUGAGAGCAUCAGGUGUAUGACCACAGACAAGAACAAUGAGUACCUCAUCACAGGGGACACCAUGGGGCUCAUGAGGAUCUGGGAUAUCAAAGAGUUCUGUAACGCCGACAAGCUGACACAGGAGGAGAGGGAUGAGCGCGAGAAGAAGAUCAAGAAAACUUUUGUAUAUACUAGGCUACCCUUCAAACCCGAGGAGAUUCUCGACACCAUGGAAAAGUUGAGGGAGAAGAGGAUAUCUGUUCCGGAUGCCAGUAAACCGCGGAAAAAUUUGAAGUCACCACGUCUGUUGAGUAGCAUCAAGUGCCACACCCAGCCCAUCGUGUCUGUAGAGCUGAUAGACGAGAGGAAUUUGAUCAUCACAGCCAGCAUGGACAGGACCGUCCGGCUGUGGACCAAGAACUGCACGUUCAUUGGCACCUUUGGCGAGAUCUGGAAACCUAUUCCAUUAGUGGUCGGGGCAGUGGUGGAAAAAUUUCCUCGCAUACCACGUGACGUACAGAGAUGUGCCUCGGCGAGGUCCCUGGCAACCCUUCACAACGGGAAAAUGCCAAAAUGGCGGACUGCGUGCUACGUAGUGCGACGUCAUAUUUACGAGCAACGCAGAGAGAAACAAAUUGAAGAAGCCAAGGCCAAGUUGAAGGCCGAGAAAUCCGCCCGGGGGGAGCCGGACAGUGACGAGGAGGACGGGGCAGAGGAGAAGCAGGUCAGCAAGAUCCUGGGCAAGUACUACAUCCCCAGGAGCCGUUACAAGGGGCCGAUGGUAAUCAAAGAUCAGGGCCUGCCACCCUUGCAGAUCUUCAAAGGCAAGUGCGCCCCCUACCAGACGACACUACCCAGAGAUAUCUUCCCCAUGGAACCUCUGUACAAGCCACCCACAUUCUUUGACAUAGACUCCAGGCGGCCGUUACAAAACAAGUCCAAACGGAUCACCCGUCAGAUGAUGAACCAAUUUAACCUGAUAUGUGGUGACCCAAUUCGCUACGGUCAACAAAGUCGCAGCCAAUCAGGAUCCAGCUGGGCAUCCACGCCCACCAAACGGAUCUCACAAGGUGCAGUUUCCAAAUCCAGCAUCAACGUGGCCGACCAGAACUCCAACCUGACCCACAACAGAUACAACGAGUCACGUGACUACACCCUGAACCACAGCCCCGACCACCUUGAGAACCGCCGCCGCCUCUACUCCAGCACCAGCGACCUUGAACCCAAACAUUACACCGGGACCGUGGCCGACGCCGUCAAAGGUUUAGCCCAGAGCUUUAUGUCGGAGAACCCCGACGACACCGACUGGCUGUACAACUCGAUGCGCAUGUCGGAACAUUCCCGACCGGACACGCGCAGCCUCAGCGAGACUUUCCCGGAGACCGACACUUCCAGGCGGAAGUCCCGGAGCUACCUGAACGACACCUGGUCUCAAACGGACAUGCGCAGUAGCUGCCUGAGCCCGGAGGGUCAUUCGUUGUGCUGGAGCCCUAAAUUCCCCGGGGAGAGGCUGUUGCGUCGGGAACACUGGUCGGAAUCUUCCGUCAUCGAGUCGUCGGAAACCGACGCGUAUAUGAGCCUGUCGUCGGAAAUGGAGCUGGGGCCGGAACUGCUACAGCGGGUCAGGGACGCGCUGAACUAUGACCCCAGUAAACCGGAAGAGGAUGGGGCUUCGGAGAGCGAGCUGGCCAGCCCUUUCCAGCCCCGACGCCCGUACGCCCCCAUGUUGAAGGGAAGUAAUUCUGUUCUCCCGCCGGUGAAGCCGAGAAAGGAUAAAAAAAACCUGAAAGUCAACUAUUCCUUUUUGUUAUAAAAGUUCACGAUUAGCUAUACUGGAGCUAAUUUUUUUUAUUUGAUCUCCAGAAUUUAAAACAAAAACAAUUUUAAAACUUUUGUGUAUUUAUUCAUAGUUAUGGGAUAAGUACAUUUUGAAUAUUAACUUUUUUUUUCAUAGAAAAAUUUAAAAUCUAUUGAAAU